UUUCCCCCUGUGGCCUGUGGGGUCAGGUUCCCCCCCAACCCUUUGAGGAAGGUUUCCCGUUACCCAUGAAUGAUUCAUCCAGGUUUCCAACUAGAGAUCCAGUGCUUGGAAGCCCACAGCAUUGAAUGCAGAGGCCAGGGACUCUGCUACGGGAUCAUAACCGGGAACUGGAUCAGAUUUGGGACCCCAUGAACCUGCUUGGAGAUGGCGACGCUGAAGGCUACCUCGCAUGGGGACCUGCAGAGCUGGUCUUUGGGGAAGACCCCAGCGCUGGAUGGGGGUCUGUCCAAAUCCUUCUCCCUCAGCAGUGGCAGCAACGCCACGGGCCGCUUCCCCCACAGUAAAGACGGAGAGGAGGACAUCCAGGAGCUGAGCCGGGUGUCCAGGCCCUACGGCCGCCGGCCCAUUCGAGCAGUCAGGCCGGUCAGCGCUCUCAGCCCCAGCGCCUCCUUCCUCCAGAUCAACCGCCUGCAGGGGGAGCUGGUGAGGAAGAGGAAGGAAUGUGAGGACCUGAGGCAGCAGAAUAAGUAUCUGUCCAAUGAGAUCCACAUGGAGAGGAUAAUGAUGAGGACUGAGAGUGAGCUCACCAUGAGGAACCUAAGGAACCUCAACCAGGAGCUGCAGGCGCAGGUCAAAGAGCUGAAGCAGAAGCUGCAUCAAAGCCAGCAGAGGGCGACGCUGUGCUCGCGGGCGGCGGAGGAGGCCGACGCAUCACGGGGCGAAGCUGAGAAGGGCCGGGCGCUGGCAGAGGCCCGCGCAAUCAACAGCAGGCAGGAGAGAGAGCAAGUGCUGGAGGAUAAGGCCCGGAUGAGUGAGGACUUCCUGCAGCUCAAGAACAGGCAUGCUGACGUUCAGUCGCUCCUGGCCAGAACAGAGAAGAAUUACUUCGAGACAAAGAUAAAACUGGACAGGGCUUUGUCAGAGAGGCAGGUGCUCCUGGAAGAAAAUCACAGCUUUGAGAAAGAGAGAAAUGACCUGAGGAAAAACGUGAAGCAACUGACAGAGGAGAACAGUAAACUCAAAGAGAGGGAGGCGAGUGCUCGGCACAGGGCGGAGGAUGCGGAGCAGCAGGCUGCGAAAGCCAACGAGGCGCAGAGGGAGGCGGAGCGGGAACGGAGGCUGGCCGAGGCAGAGAGGCAGGACAGCGCCACAGAGUGCCAGAGCUGGAAACAGAAGCACCAGGCCCUGGCUGACAUCUUCAGAGCCCAGGAGGACCUGAAGGCCCAGAGGCAGAACAAAGCAAGUCAAGCCAAUAUCAAGAGUUACUUCCUGUGCAUGACUGAGAGCGACCAGAGGGUGAAGAUCCUGAAGAACCAGGAUGGAAGCCCCCGGAACUUUACGGAAGGCGAUCCUGUGUACAUCUCCACACCGGACUCUGGGAGUGAGGAUGCUGGCAGAGGCACAGAGAGGACCAUGUACAGGGUGGUGGCUCCCAGCACAAGGAAGGGGACAGGCUCCGCCCACUUCAGCGAGCUCUCCCCGAUUGCAGCAGAGCCACCGGACAUCACCCCGCCAAGGAGGAACAAGAAGGUGGUGGAGUAUUUCUGGCUCCCUACAGAUGAUGAAUGACAUGACAGCUCUAUGGCUACUGUGUGUCUGCAGACAGGUUCUAGUCUACCGGUUAAAUACCCAACCUGUAAUAGUUCCAUGGUUACUGUGUGUCGACUCUAGACAGGUUCCAGUCUGCUGGUUAAAUACCCAAGCUGUGUUGAAGUGCAGCUUAUUGUACACAUUUGGUUGUAAAACAUUAAAAUGUGAUUUUGACACUG